AUGAUUUCUGAGGUUAAUACCAUUUGCGGUGGGACGGGUGGAUACACUACCCUUGGCGGUGGCUCUUCGUUGCAGGACGAUAGCUGCAUGUUGAUCUGGGAGGCCACUCAAAUGAUUCAAAAUGGGUUUCGCAGACACAGUAUGGAUAUUAGUCGUCUGCUCGAGCUCACGAACAGCCUUGGCCACAUACUUGAGAAGACACGGCAGCUGUACAACAACACUAUUAAGGAGUGUGAUUCAAAGUAUCAUCAGGUACAGCAUAUUGAUGAGUAUCUGCACCAAGUUGAAAAUUUGGUCCGACGUUUUGCUAACACUCGGGACCUAGUCGUGGCAAGCGACGGCUACACUUACGAGCGCGAGGCCCUCGACCGAUACUUCAAGGAAUGUAGCGGUUCGAACAGUAAAGCAUAUUCCAUGCAAACGAAGGAGGAGCUAACCGACGUGGUGAUACCCAACAAGUCGCUGAUCCGGCUCGUGUCCCAUCUUAAGUCUGUACGACUGGAGGAUAUUCCACAGUUAGUACAUCGUAUCCCAAUAACCUAUUUCGCCAACUCACAACCACGAUCGGGUUGGACGGAGGAGGGCACGUUGCUGCGCUCGGUGGAUCCAAGUGGAGGCGGCACAACUGCGGGCCAGCAGCGCGCGGAUCCUAACUCAGUCCACGUGCCAGUAGCUGCUACGGCUACCACAGGAAGCCACCGCUUGGCAACUGGGCAUCGCUUUGAGCACGAUACAAACAAAGCCAACCGUGGCGGCAGCAAACAAGCUCUACAUCCUUGCCUGCGCGUGUACGGUUUCUGCAACUUUAUGACAGAUUGCACCUUCGCAAACUACCCUUACGAGGCCUGCUUGAAUCACAUCAAGGGUAAGUGUCGCUUUAGCCAGAACUGUAAGGAGCUGCACGUCGACCCCCGCGACCCGCGCUACCAAAACACCCGUAGCUUCGCUGCUCAUCAUGGACACGGAAAUAACAGCAGCUUAGCCAACGCCAAUGACAAUAAUAAUAAUGCCACUUCGGUCGGUGGGGACGUGGGGGCAUUUUCGGAGACUUUGUGUGAGCGAAUGGUCAGUAGUAAUGGUUCUAAAAGUGCCUCUGUUUCGAUAGUGCAGGGCUCCCCUGGGUGUUUGUCCCAGGGUAACCAUCAGUAUAACCAGUCAGCGAGUGAAGCAAAAAAAAAUGGAAACGUCCCCAGGGUGGACGCUGGAAGGGCUACUGAGGCUUACGAGGUUGCGGUAGGGGAUGAUCUUACUGUCCUGGGAAAUGAUGAGACGCUUCGAGAAGGCGUAACCAUUGUGUCAAGGACGUGA